AAAAGAUUAAAAAAGAAACCAGCUAAGAGGACGUAAUUUGCGUGGUUAUCAAUUGACCAGCGCAACUGCCUCUCUCCUUACCAUCACCAUUCCAAAUGUCCCAAAUAAAUACCUCUCCCUCCACCUCUUGCUGCAGCCGCUACCCCCGUCAGCGGCUGAAGGUGGGAUCCAACCGUCGCAAUGUCAUCGCCCGCCGGAGCCCCCACCCUCCUCCCCUUACUCAUCUCCGCCAUCUCUCUCCUCCUCUUAACCGUCACCGUGGCCGCACAAGGGCCGCUACCGCCGCCGCCCGCCACCUCAGCACAAUCUCCCGUCAGCCCUGCGCCGCCGAACCCUAAUGGCAGCGCCGGGAACUUGACCGCUGCUGUCCGCGGCUUCGCACCUUCGCGCGAGUUCUUAGUCGCUCACAACAAGGUACGGGCGUCCGUAGGGGAGCGGCCGCUGCGGUGGGACCGUGCGGUCGCCAGGCACGCGCGGGAUUGGGCCGCUCGCCGCGCGGCGGACUGCCAGAUGAAGCACUCGUACGGUAAGUACGGUGAGAACCUGUUCUGGGGCAGUAGGGACCACUGGACCCCAACCGAGAUCGUGCAAUCCUGGGCGAGCGAGGACAAGUACUACAACGCGCAGAAUAACGCGUGCGCUGACCGCAAGAUGUGCGGCCACUACACCCAGGUGGUGUGGAAGGACACCGCGCGUUUAGGGUGCGCGGCGGUGAAGUGUGCGAGCGGUGGAAUGUUCGCGAUCUGCUCCUACGACCCGCCUGGGAAUUACAUGGACGAAAGCCCGUUCAGCCCCUCCAACCAGACUCACGCCGGAAAUUAAUCCGCCGCAGCGAUUGCCAUCGACGCCGGUGUCUCCGCCGCCGCCGACUGCGUCAACGGGAUCGGGCGCGCAGCCGGCAAUGCAUCCGCAAGGAGCGGGGAAGGCGUGAAGGAUUGGAAGGGUUUGUGGGUUGUCUAUUGGGCGCUGAGCUUUGGCCAAGGGUUUAUGAAUAGAAUGAAAUUAAUUAUUAAUUUAUUUAAUUUAUUUUUUAUAUUAAGUAUCAAAAUUUUAUGCUAUGAUCGGUGUGUUAUUCCUGAAUCAAUAUUUCAUGAAUAAAAUGUAAUAUUAAUUUGUUAAA